CUAUUUUUUAUUUUCAGAGAUGAUUUUCGAAACUACGCAAACAUUUGUUUCAAAUACUUUGGAAACAGAGUGAAACGUUGGAUCACUCUAAAUGAGCCAUGGGCUUACAGUAGGGAAGGUUAUUCAGUUGGGAUGUUUGCACCAGGUCGAUGCUCUGAAACGGUAGAUUCAACUUGUCUCGGAGGUGAUUCAGGAACAGAACCUUAUAUUGUUACACAUCAUCUACUGCUUGCUCAUGCAGCUGCUGUAGAUCUGUACAAGAAAAAGUACAAGGAUGAUCAAAACGGAGAGAUAGGAAUAACACUUAUUUCUCGUUGGUUUGAGCCAUAUUCAAAUACCGAAGCAGAUAAAAAAGCUGCUGAACGAGCACUUGAUUUCUUGUUUGGAUGGUACAUGCAGCCAUUGACAUCAGGAAAAUACCCAGAGAGCAUGCGUUAUUUAGUUAGAAGAAGAUUGCCAGAAUUCACAGCAGAAGAAUCAAGACUUCUGGCUGGUUCAUUUGAUUUUCUAGGGUUAAACUAUUACACCACUAAUUAUGCAGCUGAUCAACCUUCAUCCAAUCUCAACCCUAGUUAUGAGACAGAUGCCAAUGUCAAUUAUUUAACUGAACGCAAUGGUAUUCUAGUUGGUACACCGGUGUGUAUAAAAUCAUUGUCAGAUUUUAAAUUCAUAUUAUUAUUAUUAUUAUUUUAUUCGGUUUUAUAUAACUUCAUAUUCAUAUUUUUCUACUUGCAGACGGCUUCUAAUUGGUUAUUUGUAUGCCCCAAAGGAUUUAAAGACUUGUUGCUCUAUGUUAAAGAAAAGUAUAACAAUCCCUUAAUUUACAUUACUGAAAAUGGUAGGGGAAAUGAUGUGAAUGAUGAAGGACAAACACGCGAAGAAGCUCUACUAGAUAUUUAUAGAAUCGAUUACUAUUAUCGUCAUUUGUAUUAUCUACGUUCAGCAAUGAGUGAGGGAGUAAACGUAAAAGGAUAUUUUGCGUGGUCACUAUUGGACAAUUUUGAAUGGAAGAAUGGUUAUUUAGUUGGAUUCGGACUAAACUAUGUUGACAGAAAUGAUGACUUGAAGCGAUAUGCCAAACUCUCAGCACGAUGGUUUAAGAAUUUUCUUCAAAGGCCAGAUCCAAAUCCAAAUUAGAAGGAUAAUAGCAUCUGUAGCAGACAUAUGUUACAGUCUCAAACUCUCUUAUGUCAUGUUGCUUAUUUAA